CGGCACUGGUAUGUGAAACCAAAUCACUGGCAAGUUAUAGAUAGACGCAGAAUAUUCAGCAUCCCCAGCCAAAACCGAAGUCCAAAUCCAAUGUUCGUCUGUCUCUGUCCCAGCGCUCUCUCGCUGCAGUCUAGUUUUUUGUUUUUACUUUUCUUUUGUGGAGACUUUUGAUCGAGCCUGCAUUUAUUCUAGUAGGAGUUGUGCAAACAGCUAAAAUAUAAAGCGAGAGAUCUCCUCCAAGUCAUGGUACAAGCUAUAGGUUGAAGGUUACCGUACAGAAGUUCCCUGGUUUUAAUACGUUGAGAGGAGUGAAGUGGACCUCAAAUGCUGCCUGAGAGCAUACAGCCAGAAUGAUUGAAGACUGUGGGAAAAGGGGGAAUAACAUGGCAGACAGAAGGCAGCUGUUUGCAGAAAUGCGGGCUCAAGAUCUGGAUCGUAUUCGCUUAUCUACGUAUAGAACGGCUUGUAAAAUUCGAUUUGUACAGAAGAAAUGCAAUUUGCACCUGGUAGAUAUAUGGAAUAUUAUUGAAGUGCUUCGGGAAAAUUCACUAAACAACCUGGAUCCUAAUGUAGAACUGAACAUGGCACGUCUGGAGGCUGUCCUAUCAACAAUAUUUUACCAGCUCAAUAAGCGGAUGCCAACAACCCACCAAAUCAAAGUAGAAGAGUCUAUCAGCUUGUUGUUAAACUUCUUGUUGGCUGCCUAUGACCCGGAAGGACAUGGCAAGAUCACAGUGUUUUCUGUCAAAAUGGCACUGGCCACACUAUGUGGAGGAAAAAUCAUGGACAAAUUGAGGUAUAUUUUCUCACUGAUCUCUGAUUCUAGUGGUGUCAUGGUAUACCAGAAGUAUGACCAGUUUCUGAAGGAGGUGCUGAAACUGCCAACUGCUGUGUUUGAAGGACCAUCAUUUGGUUACACAGAGCAAUCUGCAAGAUCUUGCUUCUCACAGCAGUAUGGAAUGGAACAUGGACCUCAGAUACAGAAAAAAGUUAGCUUAAAUUCAUUCUUGGACACACUUAUGUCUGAUCCACCACCUCAGUGUCUUGUCUGGUUACCUCUUCUGCAUCGACUGGCGAAUGUAGAAAAUGUCUUCCACCCCGUCGAGUGUUCCUUUUGCCACAGUGAGAGUAUGAUGGGUUUCCGCUAUCGCUGCCAGCAGUGUCACAAUUACCAGCUCUGUCAGGACUGCUUCUGGAGGGGGCACGCCAGUGGUUCCCAUAGCAACCAACACCAAAUGAAAGAGUAUACGUCAUGGAAAUCCCCUGCAAAGAAGCUCACUAAUGCACUAAGCAAGUCUUUAAGCUGUGCUUCCAGCCGUGAGCCUCUGCAUCCUAUGUUUCCCGAUCAGCCUGAAAAGCCUUUAAACCUGGCUCAUAUUGUGCCUCCAAGACCAGUUACCAGCAUGAAUGACACUAUAUUUUCUCACUCCGUUCCCUCAGGAAGCCCUUUCACUAACAAAAUCUCUACUCAAAAGACCUCAGAAACUGAGCAGAGCAGACAGCUGGCUAUGGCUGCUCCAACUUUACUUAAAGGCAAAGGGUUACAGUACAGCCUGGAUGUGGCAGACAGGCUGGCUGAUGAACAUGUUCUCAUCGGGGUAUAUACCAAUAUGCUGCAGAACAACCUUUCACGAAUGCUUGACAGUCCCAGCCGCCUAGAUGAAGAACAUAGAUUGAUCGCCAGAUAUGCAGCGAGGCUGGCAGCCGAGACCACUUCAUCACAGAGUCAGCAGAGAGGCCCAGACAUCUCCUUUACGAUCGAUGCCAAUAAGCAGCAGCGACAGCUUAUUGCAGAGCUGGAAAAUAAAAACAGAGAAAUAUUGCAGGAAAUACAGAGGCUGAGAAUUGAACAUGAACAGGCCUCUCAGCCCACACCAGAAAAAGCACAACAGAACCCCACUUUACUGGCAGAACUCCGACUGCUCAGACAGCGAAAAGAUGAACUUGAGCAGAGGAUGUCCGCCUUACAAGAAAGCAGGAGGGAGCUGAUGGUACAGCUCGAAGGGCUCAUGAAACUUUUAAAGGAACAAGAGCUGAGACAUGCAUCUCAGGGGGCAGGCUCUCCUCGCUCUUCUCCCAGUCAUACCAUCAGCAGACCUAUCCCAAUGCCUAUAAGAUCUGCAUCAGCUUGCUCAACCCCAACACACACUCCUCAGGACUCUCUUACAGGGGUUGGUGGAGAUGUGCAAGAAGCAUUUGCUCAGAGUGCAAGAAGAAAUCUGCGCAACGAUUUGUUGGUGGCGGCUGAUUCCAUAACCAACACUAUGUCUUCUCUAGUGAAGGAGCUCAAGUCAGAUGCGGGAAAUGAAGCAGAAGGCAAUGUGAAUGCAGAGUACGGGAGGGUUCACUUUGAGGACCUGGUACCAUCUCCAACCUCAGAGAAAGCUUUCCUUGCUCAGAUUCAUGCCAGAAAACCAACAUACAACCAUAAUUCUUCAGCUGCUGGAAAUAUUCGUGCAGAUAUGGUCCCAGAAGAUCCAUAUAACAGACAUGAAGAUGAAACCUAUGAGAACGACUCUGUGCGCCAACUUGAAAAUGAACUGAAGAUGGAAGAGUAUCUCAAACAAAAGCUGCAGGAUGAAGCCUACCAGAAAAGCUGUAGUGUGGAGAAGAUGCACAUACUGUAGCAUGAGAAGUCUUGGUUGUCAACCAUCAAUCCGGCAGGAAAAACGCAGGUUGACCUCACCGGCUGCAUCUUCUAGUACAAAGACCCCCAUCAGAGUCCACCGGAAUGUAGCACAGCACAUUUGUUCUGAACCGUGUAGUUUGUAGGUGUGUGUUUUAACUAUUACAUUACAAACAAAAAAAUAUUUCAACUUAAAUCAUAAUUAGCAUUUUUUUUUUUAAUAUAGCCAUUUGUACACUCUGUCAUACAUUCGUCGUCAUAGAUCGGAUACACAUACGAGCUGCUGGUGCAGUCUCGUCUUUGAAAACUGAAGUCUCCCUAACUUCCAAGGGGAAGGGGGAAAAGUAUUCAGACAGACCUGCCAAUGCACUGACUAUAUCAACCAGGUGUAUGCAAACGUCUUCUCUGUCACUGGCCAAACUACCAGAGGAGAUCCUCUCCAUCACCACGUUGUGGUCGACCAUAGAAGCCAAUGAUUUGUAUAAUAUCAGCUGCUACUACUAUUUGUCUGAGUGCCUUAGUUCCAUUUGAACCUACUCAGCCACUUAUCUAGUAGCAGUAUCUAGGCAAGCCGCGCCGCUGCGUUGUGAACCAUUGUGCAGUGCAUCGUUUUGCUGCAAAAUACCGGUAGCCCUUUUUUAUUUGGUAAGCCGGGCUUCCUUCAGUGUACUCUGAGCGCUAGACAACCUGAGAACACUAGGGUACUGCCUCCAGCACCCUGCCAUGCACAUGGAUGGUAAUCACUUUUUAGUUCAUUCUCCUGCAGC